AUGUUGAGAGCUUCGUUCGCCCGCCAGACUUCUGGCCGCUUUUUCUCGUCCAGUUCCGCUUCCUUCGACAAGAUCAAGGUCAAGACCCCCAUCGUUGAGAUGGACGGUGACGAGAUGACAAGAAUCAUUUGGGCCAGAAUCAAGGAUAAGUUGAUCAACCCAUACUUGGACGUGGAUUUGAAGUACUACGACUUGGGUAUUGAAGCCAGAGACAAGACUGAUGAUCAGAUCACAAUUGACGCUGCCAAUGCCAUUAAGGAGUACGGUGUCGGUGUCAAGUGUGCUACCAUUACCCCAGACGAAGGUAGAGUCGCUGAAUUCAACUUGAAGAAGAUGUGGUUGUCUCCAAAUGGUACCAUCAGAAACAUUUUAGGAGGUACUGUUUUCAGAGAGUCCAUUAUUAUUCCAAGAAUUCCAAGAUUGGUCCCUGGAUGGGAAAAGCCAAUCGUGAUUGGUAGACACGCUCACGGUGAUCAGUACAAGGCUACAGACUUGGUCAUUGAAGAGCCUGGUAAGUUGGAGCUUGUGUUCACUCCAAAGAACGGCGGUGCCCCAAUUACCAAGACCGUGUUCGACUACAAGGACCGUGGUGUCGGUUUAGCCAUGUACAACACUGACGAGUCGAUCAUUGGAUUUGCACACUCCUCCUUCAAGAUGGCCUUAAGCCAGGACUUGCCAUUGUACUUGUCUACCAAGAACACCAUCUUGAAGAAGUAUGACGGUCGUUUCAAGGACAUUUUCCAGGAGAUUUACGAGAAAGACUAUGCUUCUCAAUUUGAGGAGAAGAACUUAUGGUACGAGCAUAGAUUGAUUGACGACAUGGUCGCCCAGAUGGUCAAGUCUAAGGGAGGAUUUGUUAUGGCUUUGAAGAACUAUGACGGUGAUGUGCAGUCGGACAUCGUUGCCCAAGGUUUCGGAUCUUUAGGUCUAAUGACUUCGGCCUUGAUGACUCCUGAUGGAAAGGCAUUCGAGAGUGAGGCUGCACACGGCACUGUCACCAGACACUUCAGACAACACCAACAGGGUAAGGAGACAUCCACCAACUCUAUCGCAUCCAUUUUUGCCUGGACUCGUGGUAUCGCUCAGAGAGGUAGAUUGGAUAACACCAGCGAUGUUGUUGAAUUUGCCAAUACUUUGGAGAAGGCUACUGUUGACACUGUCCAGCAGGAUGGUAUUAUGACCAAGGACUUGGCUUUGGCCUGUGGUAGAACUGAUCGUGAGUCUUACGUCACCACCACUGAAUUCUUGGACGCUGUUGCUGACAAGUUGAAGGCAUCUGUUUAG